GUCGGCGCCAGCACAUCCUCCGUCCGUACCUGGCCAUCGCAUGCACCGCUCACCUCGCUUGUAGCACCGAUCUUUAGUGCCACCGACCAUCUGCGUCGCAGCGUCAUGCUACACUGGCAUGUGCCUGGGUUGACGAUCAGCCCACCAGAGCUUGACAAUGAACAUAACUCAUGGGCCAGUUGGGUACAUUCCAGCUGGGCCACUCUCCAAUAG